UGCCGUGUCUCCCAAGUCCCGCCGCCACUUCACCGGCUCGGCCCGCGUCAUGUCAUCCUUCUACAGCGGCUGGGAGCCCGAGGGCCCGUCGGUCAAGACCGAGAUCCCCGGGCCCAAGGCCAAGGCUGCCACCACCGUACUCAACGAGGUGUUCGACACGCGUAGCUUGAACAUGCUCACCGACUACUCCAGGAGUGCGGGCAACUACAUCGUCGAUGCCGACGGCAAUGUCUUGCUGGACGUCUACGCCCAGAUCGCUUCCAUCCCGCUCGGGUACAACAACCCGGCCCUGCGCAAGGCCGCGCAGAGCGACGAGAUGAUCAACGGGCUGAUCAACCGCCCCGCCCUGGGCAACUUCCCGCCCCUUGACUGGGCCGAGAUCCUCAAGACCGGCAUCCUCAAGGUCGCCCCCAAGGGGCUCAAUCAGGUCUUCACCGCCAUGGCCGGCUCCGAUGCCAACGAGACGGCCUACAAGGCCGCCUUCAUGUGGCGCCGCCAGCGCGACCGGGGCGGGCCGCAGGUCGAGUUCACCGAGGAGGAGAUGCAGUCCGCCAUGGAGAACAAGUCGCCCGGCGCGUCCCAGCUCUCCAUCCUCAGCUUCAAGUCCGCCUUCCACGGCCGCCUCUUCGGCAGCCUGUCGACCACGCGCUCCAAGCCGAUCCACAAGCUCGACAUCCCCGCCUUCGACUGGCCGCAAGCCACCUUCCCCAAGCUCAAGUACCCGCUCGACGAGCACGCGGCCGAGAACGCCGCCAUCGAGCAGGCCGCCCUCGACGAGGUCGAGCACCUGAUCAAGAACUACCACGUGCCGCCGUGCGCCGUGAUCGUCGAGCCGAUCCAGUCCGAGGGCGGCGACAACCACGCGUCGCCGGCCUUCUUCCGCGGCCUGCGCGAGAUCACGCGCCGGCACGGCGUGCUGCUGAUCGUCGACGAGGUGCAGACGGGCGUCGGCGCGACCGGUCGCUUCUGGGCCCACGAGCACUGGGACCUGCCGCACCCGCCCGACAUGGUCACCUUCAGCAAGAAGGCCCAGACGGCCGGCUACUACUUCGGCAACCCGGAGCUGCGCCCCAACAAGCCGUACCGCCAGUUCAACACGUGGAUGGGCGACCCGGCCCGCGCCCUGGUGUUCCGCGCCAUCAUCGACGAGAUCGAGCGCCUCGACCUGGUCCGCCACACCGCCCGCGUCGGCGACUACCUGUACGGCAAGCUGGAGCGCCUGGCCGAGAAGUACCCCGACGAGUUCCAGAACCUGCGCGGCAAGGGCAUGGGCACCUUCAUCGCCUUUGACAACCCGCGCCGGGACGCCUUCCUGGCCAGGGCCAAGAAGUUCGGCAUCAACAUCGGCGGGAGCGGGCAGAGCGCCGUGCGGCUGCGCCCGAUGCUCAUCUUCGAGGAGAAGCAUGCGGAUAUCCUGGUGGACGCGCUGGAGAAGAUUGUGACGUCGUGGUGAUGUCCUGGUUUUGAUUAAGGCAAAAAUCUUGUUGUUGUUGACAUGGGUUUGGCGGACGUCCGAGGGAGCGUGCUUGCUGUUUGUUGGUCCAGUUAGGCAUGCCACACCGCGACGGAUAAUCAAGGGUUGUUCAGCCGGGCGCGGAUAUGGAGUGAUAAUUUUGGUGUCGAACUCCCUCGAUGAGACAUGGCUCCUCAAGCUUGGCGGCUCUGCCAUCUUGGGGUCUUGUGCCCGGCAGACCAUGUCCAGUUCGUGAAGUCAACACCCUCCUUGCGAUGCCAAUUGGGGUUGUUCCAUCAGCUCAGAUUGCGCGACUGAGCACCAACACCCAUCCGCGGCGCUUCUCACCCUCCGAUGGAUGUCUCGAUCAGCACAGCUGGGGCAUAUCCUCCAACACCAUCCAUUCAUUCAUUCCCUCAGCCGCUCCAACACUGCCGACUGAAUAGCGAACGCCAGGACGUUGUUACA